AUGGAGGUUCAGUCAGAAUGCGUUGAGCCUCCUCCUCCUCCAUGCGAUCCCCAGCCGCCAGGGAAGAUCAACAAAGCAGCAUUCAAGCUGUUCGGAAAACGACGCUCCGGAAUGGCCGGAUUCUUCUCUUUCAGGAACAAAGGGGGCAACAGGAACGGGAAUUCUGUGAAUGUGAAUUCUGUGAAUGUGAAUUCUGUGAAUGUGAAUUCUGUGGGGGCGACUAACGAGCUCGUCAGGAGUAAAACGCAUGACGGACUAACGAGCUUGGAACCAGACGGACAGAGAGGGGAGGAGUCCGGAAUAUCAGAGGCGGGACAGGUGAGGUCUCUCAGCAAAUCACUGAGCUUCUUUUCGCUGCUCAGACGAGGAAGUAUGAGAGCCAAUGAGAAUACAGGGUUUGGGAGAAGGGGGAGGGGUUUAAAAGGCUUCUUCAGUAGUAUGAAAUGGCGGCGGAAGGAGAACGUGACGGAGGGAGAGGGGGAGGUAGCGGAGGUGAGAGAGGGGGAAGUGAUUCUAACAGAAGAAGUGAAAGACAUCACUCUGACCCUCGAACCCCAGCCCCGCCUGCCCCAGGAGGAUCAUGGUAGCUUGGAGGCUGAGCAAAACACAGAAUCGGCAGGAACCUCUCCCUCCAACAACGCCACGACACCACUCACGCACUCAAUCGCCUUGACUACAAACCUGUCAGAAUCCCUCUAUACGCCAUCCCCCUCCCCUCUGCGCACCGUCCUCCACUCAAAACCCAAAACGUCAAUUUCCUCUGUAACGGCCAUCCCCCCUCUGGAUCAGUGUGACCCUCCCUCCGAACCCUCAGUGGACCGGCUCUGUUCAGUCCUCUUCACUGACGUCACUUCACUCAAGAGCUUCGAUUCACUGACGGGGUGCGGUGACAUCAUCGCAGACGCAGAGGAGGAGGGGGCAGGAAACGGUGGAGGAGGAGUAGGAAGUGCUACUAGCAGUAGCACUAGUAGUGGGGAAGGAGGAGGAGGAGUACGAAGCUCCAUUAAUACCCAUGUCACCCCUUCCACCCCUACCUCCACCUCCGCUACUGCCUCUGCCCCUGCCCCCCUCCAUGCCAGGGCACGGCUGAUGCCCUCUCACUCUGCCCCAACUCAGCAGCCCUCUGGCAGCGGCGUGGUGGCCUACAUGGGGGGUGGGGAGGAGAUGGCCAGCCCUGACGGGGUGGACGACGCAGACAUGCAGGGGCUCUGGCACAUGCUCCCCUCUGGGGGAGAAAACUCCCCCACCUUCCUCCGAUCCAACUCUCACCUGGCUCCCCCGAGGGGUACAGAGCGGAAACUCACCCAGGUCAAGUCUCUGGGACUCAGCAAGAUCCCUGUAGUGGGGGGAGGAGGGGGAGGAAGGAUGGAGACUAAGGAGGAAGUCCCGCCCCAACAGGAUGUCCCGGCUCUUAGGGAUGAGGGCUACUGGGAUACGCCUUCUGCAACCCCCACGGCAACGCCUGACAACGGCUUCCUGCGGAACCAAAGGCUUGGCCUAUUGUGUGACAGUUGCUCUGGCGAUGCGCUCUACGACCUCUACAAUGAGGAAUUGGAAAGAUCUGAUGACGAGGAAGAGGAAGAAGAUCUGAUGAGUACACCUUCCACCUCUGCAUGUGAGUACAAACUCAGCCCUCUGGCCCGGACUACUCCUCCUUUCUCCUCCUCCUCUUCCUCUUUCCACUCGAUGAAGGGAAGCACUAGCCUUCCCCGCGAGUCCAAAAUCCCUCUUAGUGUCAGACAGAUCACACCCCCUCACUCUGUGAGCCAAUCAGCUCUUUCCUCUGUCCACGCAACCGCUCCUCCCUCUGACACACCCACCCAUGCCCCUCCCCCAGCCCGGACCAGAAUCCCUGUCUCCAAGGUGCCAGUCCGUCGCCCUGGGAACAAGGCCGGCAACGCUACACAAGGGCCAGCCCCCAGGAAGUAG